GGAGGAUUGAAACAGGGGAGAGGGGCAAUUUCCGCAGCGACCGCAAAACACCGGACGGACCCAAAGUUUCGGACCAUAACACAGCAGUCGUCUGUGUGUCGGUCACGUCCGCAGCCUCGAGUCGUGCGUCGCCUUCUCCGUCGUCCCGCAGCGAAACGUUACUUUGUCGCAGUUGCUCUGAAGUGAUUCACCGGAUUUGACGUCUUUCACCUCCGGUUUUCCCUUCGUGAACUUCUCCCGGGAUAAGGAGCCCUGAGCCGGCCCGGGUCCUGCGCAGUGGAGUGAAAUACCUAGAGCGGUUUCAACUUCCCUGCACCGCUGGAGCCUUCAAUAAUGUCGGGGCCAACACAUCACAACCGGCCUCCUCGCUUCUGACCCAACAUGGAGCUCAAGGUCUGGGUGGAUGGAGUCCAGAGGGUCGUCUGUGGGGUCACUGAGGCAACCACGUGCCAGGAAGUGGUGAUCGCUCUGGCCCAGGCUAUAGGUCGCACUGGGAGAUACACUCUGGUAGAGAAAUGGCGAGACACGGAGCGCCACCUCGCCCCUCAUGAGAGCCCUGUGGCCUCUCUGAACACUUGGGGCCAGUAUGCUGGCGAUGUCCAGCUGAUCCUGCACCGCACUGGCCCCUCCCUUACUGAGAGACCCCCCUCUGAAGGGCCCUCUUUCAGGGGACCUGAACGCGGGCUGCACCGGCAGAGCCUCCCUCCCCUAGCAAAGCUUCGUUAUCCCAACGACCGCUCCCUCCGGCGCCGCGAGCCGCGCCGCAAGUCUCUCACGUUCACCGGUGCACCCAGAGGACUGAGGGAGAUACUGAGCGGGGGUCGCAUCGGGGAGGCCGAGGCCAAAAGGAGACUUCUCCUCGGAAACAGUGGGAAUCACCACCAUGGAGGUACGGCCAUCGGGACUGCAUCUCCCAGCCUGUGGGCCUGUCGCAUGGAAGAUCUGGUCAGACUGGUCGGUCUACAGAGAGAGACCCUCAACGUGCUGGAGAAUAAGCUGGAGGCCUAUGAGAGUGAGCUGCAGUCCUGGGCUGAAGCGAGAGGGGUGCGAGGUGGAGUGUGCAUUGGAGACCUAGGUGCAGGAGGAGGCCUGAUGGAGGAGAUCCUGAGGCUGGAGAAGCACCUGAGGAAGACUGAGGUGGAGAUGGAGGAGGAGGAGUUCUGGGCCACUGAGCUGCAGAUUGAGCUGGAGAGUGAGAGGCAGCUGGAAGAAAGACUGCAGGAGCUCCGAGGACGCCUGCAGGGCUGUGAACACGACAUUGAAGAAAAGCUGUCAAUGGUACAGGGUGUGGAGGCCGGUCUGGAGGAGGAGCGGCUGCAGAGGGAGCGGCAGGAGACCCAGUGGGUUAGUGAGGCAGAGGCUCGGGCUCAGGUCCUCAAGGUUAAAACAGAGCUGAAAGCCCAGGAGAGACAGGCUGUGCAGCUGGAGAGUAGCUGCAGAGCCGUGGACAGGUCCCUUGGACAAAGCAGUAAAAAACUGCAGGACAUGCAUCACGAUCUGGAGCAACUCACCAAGGAGCUGAGGCAAGUUAACCUGCAGCAGUUCAUCAAGCAGACAGGCACCAAAGUCACGGUGCUGCCAGCCGAGCCCAGCGAGGAUGAAAGUAGCCACAUCACUCUAGUUCCCCUCACUGGCUCUCUGAAGCGUCCUGGGUCGACCCACACGAUGUCUGGUCACCUGCGGGUCCUCCACAACCCUCUCACGUCUGGCCUGAACCCAGAGGGGAUCUACGUGUGAGGCCGCUCUGAUUGGAAGGGAACGCAUCUCGUUUCCCUUCCGGAGCCCCUCCCCAACCCCUGAACCCAUCAAUAUGUGGAAGUCGUAUAGUACAGGAUACCUCAGUAGCACACUACUAUGCACUGUUGUUUCAAUCACCUGGAGGCAGCCGUGACUGUAAAGACUCAGAUGGUAGAAGAAUGAUGUCGAUCAUGGAAUGGAACUCAUUUAGCACUUAGUGAUGAGCCGUCAGAAGUUCGAGCAUGAAGAAUAAAAAUGUUCAGAUGUCUCUGAACAUGUCAGGACUUUCUAAACAUCAGGCUGAUGUGGACUUUAUUCAUGGACAUAUCCACUCCAAGUACUUUUACUCUCACUUUAGUACCUGCUGAAUGAUUUGUAAUGUUUUCUCACAAGCAUCAUGAUUGAGAACUGUUGCCUUUUGAACAAUAUUCUUGGUAUGUGAAUCUAUGACCUCUAUAUCUUUAAAAUCAUGUUAUCUCUGCAGUAAAUGCAUUUUACCUGGGUCUUAUAUAAGUAAAGAGAACUCGUCCUGUGUCUGUAGGAAAAGUGUCUAGAUUUGAUCGUUUUGCAUAUGAGAAUCUAUCCCUGUAGCUCGGACUGUCUGUUCAUGUUAAAACUAUGCACAAAUAGUUACUAGUUUUGUUACUGAAGAAUGUUCCCGUCUGCGUGUACCAAAAUGAUCGCUUACUGUAAAUGUUUUCUUACUUUCUAUCAUUAUUAAGUGAAUGAUUAUAUUUUAUUACGAAGCAGAAUGCAGUGCCCUCAAUCCCGCAUUAUGCACAAGCUGCAUAAUGAAGCAGUAUUAAUUAUCCUUUUGAGCUGUUUUUGUCUUUUCUUGUUGUUGUUACACAGAUUAUUUUUGCCAAAUGUAUUGUGCUUGUUUUUUCCGUGUGAGGAUUGGUGGCCAAAGAUUAGCAGGUCUUGUUGCAUGAUUGUCAUGUUAUUAUAGCCAUACGAGGACGUGCAGAGCAGCCACAGUGUAAUUAAUCCGUGUGGUGAAUCUAAAAACGCAGGCAUGUAAUAAUAACACAACGGAUCGCUACAGAUACAGUGUGUGUUUGUGUGUGUGUGUGUGUAUGGAGUCAGAGUAGCCAAGAUUAGAAGCCCCUCUUAGGUUGUAGUUCAGCUACUAAUCACAUCAAAGUGCCUUAUAUUCUCAGUAGGUGUAUUGAAGAGUUAUACAGUAGAGCUUUAGCGGACACAUUGAAGUAAUGCUCGUAGUCAGUUAAGCUAAAAAAUGUUUGAUAGUUGCAUUAGUGCCACGUCGCCGCACAGACGAAAGAGGAGAACUAUAGUGACCUUGUGUCUGUCAGUAUUCUGUAAAGAUGUCAAUGGAAAGAACAUAAAUGAGAGUACUUUCCACUUUGCUACUGUAUUACCAUGACACCAUGUGCUGUUGUUUGGAUCGGCGUUGUCCACCAGGAGUAAAAAAAGUUGACGUGAAAGCGAGGGGAGGGGAAAAAAAUAAAACCUUAGUCUUUGCUUCUCAGUUGAAGGAGAGACACAUUUUAAGAUUCUUAUCCACGAUAGUCUAUAUUUUCAGGUGGAUUUACCCUUUAAGAAACCACUUGUGUGCAUUUGUUCCACCGAGGGGGAUGAGACAUACGUAGCUGUGGUCGCUGUUUACAACUGUAUAUGUUCAAGAGAACUCUUAAAAGAUGUUGACUGUACAUAACCUGUUUUUAUUUUUUAUUGUUUUCCUGCCUUAAUAUACUGCAACAUGUUGACAGAUGUACGGCUGUGUCUGGCUGCUGAUAUGACUUGGAUUGCAUGUUUCAAUAAACCAUCCGACAGAUA